GUUAGCUACGCCGGCGGCUUGCGGUGGAUUCAACAUCAAACCCGUCUCAGAAAGUUGGUUGAUUUACGUAUUUGUUGGAGCGUACCAUGGAUUUAAUAUAAGUAGAUCGUCUACUGACAAACUUCACUUGACUUAUCUCCGAAAGUCAUCGAUCUGGGCAGAGCUCCAGAGGUUGAGCUACAGCCAUGGUGCAACAAUACCAGUCACCUGUAAGGGUCUACAAACACCCCUUUGAGCUGAUAAUGGCGGCCUAUGUGCGGAGGUUUCCAAACUGCCCCCUGAUCCCCAUCUUUGUGGACAGUGAGGUGGUGAAGGAGGAGCACAGUGAUGACGGAGCCACUGUGUUCAUUGAGAGGCGCUGUAAGGUGGAGGCAGACGCCCCCCGGCUGUUCAAAAGGAUGGCUGGUGUGGACUACCUGUACUUCAUCCAUAAGAACACUCUGGACCACAGGGAGAGGGCGCUGCACAUCGAGGUCGUCAACGAGACCUUCUCCAACAGAGUCAUCGUCCAUGAGAUCUGCAACUACACGGUUCACCCAGAGAAUGAGGAGUGGACGUGUUUCGAGCAGACAGCCAGUCUGGACAUCAAGUCCUUCUUUGGCUUUGAGAACGCGGCUGAGAAGCUAGCCAUGAAGCAAUAUGCCAACAGUAUUAAAAAGGGCAAAGAGAUCAUAGAGUAUUACCUGAAGGAGUUGGAGGACGAGGGGGUGACCCACGUCCCCCGCUGGAGCCCCCCUCAGGCCCCCCCACCCACUGCCAGGCUCCAGCUGCCACUCACCAGUGCCCCUGCCRAUGCCAUCCCUGUGCCCACUGCCAAAGAGACCCCCACUGCCAGCCCCACAGAUCUACCGGCUGGCUCCCCAGAUGACAAGUUGGAUGCAGACUACAUCAGGCGUUACCUAGGAGACCUGACGCCGCUGCAGGAGAGCUGUCUUAUAAGACUACGCCAGUGGCUGCAGGAGACCCACAAGGGCAAGAUCCCUAAGGACCAGCACGUGCUGCGUUUCCUGCGGGCCCGGGACUUUAACCUGGAGAAGGCCCGGGAGAUCCUGUGUCAGUCGCUCUCCUGGAGGAAGCAGCACCAGGUGGACUUCCUGCUGGACUCCUGGGAGAGACCUCAGCUGCUACACGACUACUACACCGGGGGCUGGCACCACCACGACAGAGAUGGAUGCCCUCUGUAUAUUCUGCGACUCGGUCAAAUGGAUACCAAGGGUUUAGUACGCGCCUUGGGCGAGGAGUCCCUUCUGAGACAAGUCCUGUCCAUCAACGAGGAAGGUCUGAGGCGUUGUGAAGAGAACACCAGAGUCUUUGGCCGACCCAUCAGCUGCUGGACAUGCCUGGUGGACCUGGAGGGGUUAAACAUGCGUCACCUGUGGCGUCCGGGGGUUAAAGCCCUGCUGAGGAUCAUAGAGGUGGUGGAGGCUAACUACCCAGAGACCCUGGGAUGUCUGCUCAUACUGAGGGCUCCACGGGUCUUCCCUGUGCUCUGGACCCUGGUCAGUCCAUUCAUUGACGAGAACACAAGGAAGAAGUUCCUGGUGUAUGCUGCGAAUGACUACCAGGGGCCUGGAGGUCUGGUGGACUACAUUGAUAGAGAGGUCAUCCCUGACUUCCUGGGAGGAGACUGCCUGUGUGAGAUCCCUGAAGGAGGUAUGGUCCCCAAAUCUCUGUACAGGACAGCAGAGGCGCUGGAAAGUGAGGAGCUGCGGCUGUGGACAGACACCAUCUACAAGACUGCCAGUGUCUUCAAGGGGGCCCCACAUGAGCUGCUGAUCGAAAUCUCCGAGCCCUCUUCUGUGAUCACCUGGGACUUUGACGUGUGUAAAGGGGACGUCAUCUUCAACAUUUACCACUCCAGGAGGGCGCCCCAGCCCCCCAAGAGGGACGUCCAAGGGGCCCACGGCAGCAUCGUGUCGCCAGCCACCAACAACAUGCAGCUGAUUGACAGAUUCUGGAUUCUGGGGCAAGACUACAGUAUGGUGGAGACAGCACUYACCUGCAAGGAGGGAGAGAGUGUUCAGGGCUCCCAUGUGACGCGGUGGCCCGGGUUCUACAUCCUCCAAUGGCGGUUCCACUGCUCCCCGGCCUGCUCUACCUCCAGUYUGCCCCGGGUGGAYGACGUGCUGGCCUCCCUGCAGGUCUCCUCCCACAAGUGUAAGGUCAUGUUCUACACYGAGGUGCUGGGCUCCGAAGACUUCAGGGGCUCUAUGACCAGUCUGGAGUCCAGUCACAGUGGCUUCUCCCAGCUGAGUGCCGCCACCACCACCUCUAGCCAAUCACAGUCCAGCUCCACCGUAUCAAGAAAAACCAGUGCUGUACCAACACCUGCCAAUGAGGACUUAACCCUACCCAAGGGGAUGAGAGAACUGUUAUGAACUGUAUGGAACCAGGAUAGCCUAUCCUUAAUGCCAUGUGGUGGAACAGUGGAGUUCCUACCUGUGAGCACCUUCUAGUACUUGCAUUCAAAGCACUGGAAUAUAUUAUUAAAAUAUACAUGUACAUUUUUUAAUCCUUAUCUAUAAUUUGUGACAUUAAGAUUGCUCUGGAAGUGGAACAUCUGCUAUAUGAGCAUCUGCUGAAUGAAUAAAUGCAUAUGGAGAUGUCUUGCAAACCAUCAUCAUCCUCUUCUUUCUUUCAAUACCAUUGUUCUUUCUUUUUUAAGGGAAGUGACAGAAAUGUUUCCCAUUUUAUUGAAACUGAACAAUAAAGCGCUUCCUAUUUUCAGC